AUGAAUCGUUUUAGUGAUAUUGAUUCAACAUUGAAAAGACUUCCAGCAGUUUAUGGCUAUCAUAGUGAAGAACUUGUUUCACUUGAACAAGCCUUAGAAUCUAUUAAAUUACAAAUUAAUGGGUUAAAAUUUUAUAUAACAACAGCUAAAAAACAUUGCCAUUUUCCAUCAGAACACGGAUUAACACGUGAUGAAUCAGCUGCUGUUUAUAUUUAUACAAUGGAGUGGGGGAGAACAAGUUUAUAUCAUGUUCUUAAUGAAGCAUUAAGAGAUGCCAAUAGACAAAACAUUAUAAUAUGGCUUUCUUAUUUAAAAUUAUUCGAUACUGCAUUAGAUAAAUUACCAACUAUUAAAGAUAGUGUGUGGAGAGGUAUUCCACUUGAUAUUGGAAAGAAUUUUACCAAAGAUCAAGUUUUAACAUGGUGGACAGUUAAUUCUUGUUCAUCUUCAGUUAAAGUUAUUAAGAAUUUCCUUGGAAAUAAUAAAUCUUCAACUCUUUUCUUAAUCGAAAUUAUCAAUGGAAAAAAAGUAUCUGGUUACACAGUAUAUCAGGAUGAAGAUGAGAUUAUUUUGAAAAUUGGAACACAGUUUCGUGUUAAAAGUGAUCCAUUAGAACAGUGA